AUGGUCGACUACAGUCAAUACGUCAGCGUCUUCAUCGGAUCAGAAGGACCCGUGGCUGGGACCACAGCCGGCGGUGGCGACAUCUGGGUGGGAGCCGCUGUGCCCUUCGGUGCUGUGCGAUUCGGACUCGACACGACCGCAGCGGAUGGGGCGAAUUCCUUCCUCAAUGGCGGCUGGACGCCCGAUGGGAAUGUCACCGCCGUCAGCGCUCUGCAUGUCCAUGGCACUGGAGGAGGGGCGAAGUAUGGAGUCAUUCCCCAGAUGCCGUUGACUACGCUCGAGGGGGUCAAUUUGCUCGAUAACAUGACCUAUAGUCAGCCUCGCAAGGGGCAUGAUGAGGGGAGUGUGGGAUACUUCUCGAGCCGCUUGGAGAAUGGUGUGCAUAUUGAGCUCUCGGCGACGCAGCACACGGGACUUAUGCAGUACUCGUUUCCGCGUGGGGAGAAGCAUGUCGUGGUGGAUGUGUCGCACUACCUACCCUCUCCGCCAAUUCGCGCGCAGGAACAGAAAUAUGUUGGUGGUGAAAUCAAGCUGCAUAGCGAGGGGAAUUUGUACACGGGGUAUGGGACCUACAUAGGGGGCUGGAACUACGGCGCUCCAAUGACAAUCUACUUCUGCGGAGAAUUCUCCGUCCCUCCCACAAACUCCCAGAUCUUCUCGGGCUACAACAACGAUCCCGUCUCGAGAUACCAGACCUGCGCCGACUGUCCCACUCCCCAAGCCGUCUUGCAGUCCUCCGCCUCGUCCGCUCACUCCGGACCCUGGAACGACCGAGUCGGCGUCCUCUUCACCUGGAACGAAACCUCCGCCCAGAAAAUCUCUUCCAAAGUCGGCAUCUCCUGGAUCUCUACCGACCGGGCUUGCCAGUUCAAAGACACGGAGAUCAAGACUUGGGACUUGAACACCACCGUACAAGCUGCUGUUGAGGAAUGGAAUCGGGAGGUCUUUAGCAAGGUCCAAGUUGAUACGGGCCCUUCGUCGAAUCGCACGGAUCUGGAGUUGCUGUAUUCGAGUCUGUACUUUAUGCACCUCAUGCCUUCGGAUCGGACGGGGGAGAAUCCGCUCUGGGAGACGAGUGAGCCCUGGUGGGAUGAUUUUUAUACAUUUUGGGACCUCUUCCGCUGCACGACCGCCCUCUGGCAUCUCCUCCAACCCCGCCGCUACGAAGGCAUGAUCCGGGCCCUGAUCGAAAUGUACCGACGACAAGGCUACAUGCCGGACGGGCGCUCGGGCAACUUCAACGGCGAAACGCAAGGCGGGUCGAACGCCGACAACGUGCUCGCGGACGCGUACGUCAAGGGCCUGCGGGGCGGGAUCAACUGGACGGAUGGGUACGCGGCGAUGGUGAAGGACGCAGAGGUGGUUCCCUUUUCGGAUUUCCCGGCUUUGGCUGUACGGGGCUCGUCGAGUCAGGGGAGGGCGGGGUUGGCGAAUUGGAAGAGGGUGGGGUUUCUUGCUGCUGAUCAGGAUGAUGCGGCGGUGAGUAGGACCGUGGAGUAUAGUGCGAAUGAUUUUGCGUUGAGCCAGGUGGCGAGGGGGGAGAAGCCGGGGGAUGUAGAGAAGUAUCUCAAUCGGAGUGCGGGUUGGCAGCGCUUGUGGAGCGACGACGUGACGAGUCUGAAUGUCACCGGCUUCCUCGCUCCACGCCUCGCGAACGGCGCGUUCAAUCUAACAUCCUACGACCCCCUCUCCUCCUCCCCCUACACCACCGAAGGCUCCCCAUGGGAAUACACUCUCACGGCCGCGCACGACAUGGCAAGCCUCAUCGCCAAAGCCGGCGGCCCAACAUCCUUCUCCACGCGCCUCGACACAAUGUUCCUCCCAAACCCGCCGGGGCUCGCCAAUCUCGGUGUCAACGGCGCCGGCAUCGACACCAUCAUGAACAUCGGCAACGAGCCCGACUUCGCCGUCCCCUACCUCUACCACUACCUCAACGCCAGCUGGAAGAGCGUCCACGCCGCCCGCAACCUCGCCGAGACGCGGUUCAACACCACCGCGCAGGGCCUGCCGGGCAACUCGGACGCCGGCGCCCUGAAUAGCUGGUUGGUGUGGCAGAUGCUGGGGCUGUGGCCUGUCGCGGGCCAGCCGGUAUACCUGCUCGGGGCGCCGCGGUUCCGGGACCUCCGCAUGGCGGUGGGCGUGGAUGGUAGUCGUGAUGAUGGGACGGUGUGGCUGAGGAUUCGAGCUCCAGAGCUGUCGGGGAGGAACCGGUGGGUUGGGAAGGUGUGGGUUGAUGGGCGGACGUGGACGAGGAAUUGGUUCGAGCAUGGGGAUGUUAUGGUGAGGGGAGGGGAGAUUGUCUUUGAGAUGACUGAUGAGCCUGUGGUGUGGGAGACGGGGGGGCCGCCGCCUAGUCCGGGGCAUGUCGAGGUUGAGAUGUGA